AGCAGGGCAGGGGGUGUGGUGAUACUCACAUAUAACAUCAGGCUCAGCCUCUCCCUGCCACUCCUUCCUGUUUCUGUCUGCUGGUCGAGAUCUCCGUGCGAACACAAGUCAUCAUGAGUCAGGUGCAACAAGCUAUGGCGAUGCUUAUCACUACCUUCCAUAAGUACUCUGGCAAGGAAGGAGACAAGUUCACCCUGAGCAAGGCCGAGCUGAAGGACCUGCUCAGCAAUGAGCUCGGAGACAUCUUUGGGAAAACCACAGACCAGAAAGCAUUGGACAAGAUCUUUAAAGACCUGGAUGCGAAUGCGGAUGGUACCGUUGACUUCCAGGAGUAUGUCACACUGGUGGCGUGUUUGACCAUGCUCUGCAAUGAGUUCUUUCAAAAGUCUAGCAAAUGAUAAGAAAAACCUCAACUACAUACAUCCAUGUUCUUUAAUUACAGACAUAUAACCCUUCAGAUAAACAUUUCUUAGCAUUCUCUACAAUGAUGACUUGUAAGGAAAAAAAGCUGAAAUAAACUAUUAUGUUUGAAAUAAAA